AUGACUCGAAAGCUAUUACUUACUGCUGCCACAGUUGGCAGUAUUUGUGCCAUAUUUAUGUCAUUAACUGUUGUUUUUGCAAUCUUCCGAGACAUCAACACUCUUUAUGAUGAUGUUAUGGUGGAAAUGGACGAAUUUAAGAUGACUGCAGAAGAUGCUUGGCGUGAACUUACAUACGUGAAUGCAAAUUCAAAAGUACGGGCAGAGAACAUGGUUGGCACACUCAGUUCACUAUUUCGACCUAAAAGAAGCAAUAACCAGUGCAAUUGUGGACAAUCACCAAACAAAUGCCCACAGGGACCACCCGGACCACGCGGCAAAGCUGGUGAAAAAGGUGCAGAUGGAGAACCAGGACCAGACGGCGAGCCUGGAACACAAGGUGUUGCAUUAGCAGUAACCUUUGAUAUCCCAGGCGGUUGUAUCGAAUGCCCACCAGGUAAACAAGGGCCUCCAGGACCACAGGGCCCAGAAGGUCCAGUUGGUCCUCAAGGUCCACCUGGCCCACCGGGCAAAAAUGGUAAGCAGGGAUCGCGUGGUCCACCUGGGCCUGAUGGUGAUGAAGGACCAGUUGGUCCAGAAGGUGUACCAGGAGAGCCCGGUCGAGAUGGCAAGGACGGAAAACGUGGCACUGGUCCACGAGGAAAGAAAGGUCCAGCUGGGCAACGUGGUACUGAAGGUCCAAGAGGAGAGGACGGUAAGGAUGGCGAACCCGGCGAGCAAGGUGAGCCUGGGCCUGAUGGUCGGCCUGGUACGGAUGGACGCGAUGGUAAGAACGGAAAUCCUGGAUCGCCUGGUGUUCGUGGACUACCUGGAAUGGAUGCCGUCUACUGUCCAUGUCCACCUCAUGGUUCAUCUUCUUCUCGAGCUCAUGCUCCACCUGCCCCACUCCCAUCCCAAUCAUCAUCUACAGAACAGUCAAAAGCUGAGAUGACAAAGGAGACAAAAGUUGAGAUGACAAAGGAACAGGGAAGCAACGAUGGUUACCAACAUAAGAAGAAAUUGAAAAAACAGUGA